AUGGCGAUUUGGGGGGAGCGAGAGGAGGGCCGCAGGGAGCACGGGGUCGACGGCCGCAGCCAGAAAAUGGAGCUAGCCCAAGGAGGAAGAGCGCAGCCCACGAAGCCGGCCGCGGAGGUGACCCUCCGGCCGUUCACCCUGGCCGACGUGGACGCGAUGAUGGCGUGGGCGUCGGUCCCGAUGGUGACCGCGCCCUGUCGCUGGGAGCCCUACAACUCCACGGAGCCCCUGCUCGCCUUCCUAAAGGACACCAUGCUCCUGCACCCCUGGUUCCACGCCAUCUGCCUCGUCUCCGGCGACGGCGAUGGCCGCCCAGUGGGCGCGCUGUCCAUGUCCCCGAUGGAGGACGCGUGGCAUGCAGAGCUGGGCUACGUGCUAGUAUGA